AUGCAUUUAAGUUAUUAUUAUUUGGGCGUUAUUUGGCCUUCGAGUCUUUCAUAUUGUUCGUUAUAUCAAUUCCUCGAUUAUUAUUUCUACACAACUUGUUUUUUACUUUUAACAUGGGCUUCAGUUGAACGACAUAUUUUGAUUUUUCAUUGUAAAUUUUUUAAAACACCUCGUCAGCGCCUCGUCGGUCAUUAUUUUCCUUUAAUGUUUUGUAUAAUUUAUCCAUUGAUUUAUUAUAUUGUGUUUGUCUAUUUGUAUCCAUGCGAAAAUUCUUAUGAUAUACACACGUCUUAUUGUGUUGUAUUUUGUUAUUUAUUGGACAGUAGUUUAAUGAAUCUUUAUGAGCAAAUUGUUCAUGGAUUCGCACUAAUAUUUCUUAUUUUGAUUUUUAAUAUUUCACUUAUUUUACGUGUCAUUCGACAGAAACGACAGAUGGGUCGACAAAUGACUUGGAAUCAAAAUCGUAAACUAGCAAUGCAAUUGUUCGGUAUGUUUGCACUUUUUCUCGCUACUAAUGGAAUUUAUUUCACAAUUCAACUGGGAAAAGUUCUAUACGAUCCGAAUUUUGGUUCAAAUAUCAAUCAACAGAUCGUUGUUUUAUCUUUAUCAAUGCCUCCAUUAGUUCCUAUCGUAUGUCUCAUCACUUCACAAGAGCUCCGAACAAAAUUAAAUUUUCGAUUCAAUCGGAACGUUGUCAAACCGAUUGCGAUAUUAGAAUUAAAGCAAAUGCGCGGGAUAAGAACGUGA